UAAAAAUGUGAGCUUCCAAAGUUAGCUAUGCCAAUUCAAAAAGUAGUUACUCGCCUUGUUCAUAUAUGAUGGCAAAAUUUAUUACUGAUAUUGUCAAAAAUACAGAUAAAUUGUGCAAAAAGAAAUUCAAUAAUGAAAAACUGCGAAGGUAUUACCAAAAUAAUGAUUUUGUGUCUACAAUAAAACCCGGAAUGUCGAUCAAAGAAUAUGUACAUCGACUGGCAAUGUACUUGCAUAUCUCCGAAUCGUGAUUUAUUCUUGCACUGGUAUACAUAGACAGAUUGACUGAACAACAUCCAAGAAUAUUGGUGAAUUCUUACACAAUUCACAGAAUUCUCUCUACAAGUAUAAUUCUUGCUAUGAAGUUUAAUGAAGACUUGGCCUUCCCAUACAGGUACAUUGCAUCAGUCUGUGGAGUUUCUGAACACGAACUUCUAGAAUUGGAACUAUCCUUCCUGAAUCUAAUCAAUUAUGAGUGAUUUGUUGAUUCUGAAACCUUUGAAAGCUAUUAUUCACAUCUAUCAAAGAUGACUGGCAAAAGAGCUAUGCUCAGCAACUGUUCCUGUCUCGAACCAGCUCAUUCUACUCUAAAUGUAUCAAGAAAUAGGCACCAGUGUCGAUCUAAAGAUGGUAAGAAUCUCCCAAAGAAAGUUCUGGCAUCCCAAAACAUUAGUUAUGAAACUGGAGAGGAAAUUUCAACGCAUUAUGGUUCAGGAAUCUCAGAGGUCUCUCAAAAGGCUCAACUACAUAAGCAUAGUACUUUUUCAGCAGAGUCUUCCUCUGCUGAGAAUAGUAAAAUUUGGAAGCUCAACAGGGAGAUGAAGCAAUGUCAUAGUAAAAGUGGGGAAAGAAAUAUGCAAUCUAAAAAUCUCAGCAAAGCUAGUCAUCCGACCGAGAACCUCAGUGCGUCCGCUGGCUGAAAAGUAACAAAAAGCCACCAAAAAAUUUCAGAAGAUGUUCGUUCAGGCCAGAAAACCUUAGCUCGUAGCCAUGAUACUAAGAAAGAGGGACUCAAAACUUCAUUAUAUGCAUCCUUUCCUUCUGAUCGUUCGUCCAGAGAAGUCUUUUAUACCGGUGAAUAUCCAAAUUGAAGGAAUCCAAUGAAUGCCAAAGAAAGACGGUUUGGAUUUGAGAACCAUCAUAUGUACUUCUAAACUUACUUUAAGGACAUAAGAUAGGCUAUCCAAGCUAACUCUUGACCCAUCUUUGGAUUACCGAAGACCGGAGUUGACUGUGUAUAGCAGGAGGGGCUAGAGAGUCUACUUUCUCAGCUCCCUUCCACUUUGUAACACUAAACUAUAAUUUUGUAUCAUAA